AUGGAUCCACAACGGCGCCGCCGUCGGGCUCUAUGGCGCCUGCCAUAUCUGGCUAAGUUGAUUGCGCGGCCCCCGCGGCUUCCUGGCGUCACCGAUUUGCUGCCCCACGACCCACGGUUCUGCAUGGGAGACCUGCCAUGCGGGGUGCGCUACGUCAUCUACACGAACCGGAAGCCCCGGGCUCGAGCCCUGCUCCGCUUGGUGGUUCGAAUCGGAAGUCUGGCAGAAGAUGAGGAUCAGCUUGGCAUCGCCCACCUGAUCGAGCACAUGGUGUUCCGGGGGACGCCCAGCUUCCCGGCCAACGACCUCAAGCGGUUUCUGGAGAGCUGUGGACUUUCAUGGGGCGCCGACCUCAAUGCCGAAACCGGCAUGGAGCACACCACCUAUUCGCUGGACAUUCCGCUGAAAAAGAACUCCACAGACCUGUUGGCCAAAGGUCUGCUGAUCUUGAAGGAGUUCGCCUUCGACGCGCUCCUCCGCUCGGAGGACAUUCAGAAGGAGAAAGCGGUGGUGGAGGAAGAGUGGCGGGGUCGCCUCGGCGUUGAGCAGCGCGUGGAGGAUCAGUUCUGGGCCGAGGUCUUUGCUGGGUCCCGUCAUAGCCAACGGCUGCCCAUCGGCAAGAUGGAAACACUGCGGAGCUGUCCAGACGAGCGCUUGCGGGCCUUUUACAGGAGGUGGUAUCGGCCACAUCGGAUGACCAUUCUCUGCAUUGGCGACUUCGGAAGCAACGUCGUGGCCAAGAGCUUGAUCCAGAAGGCCUUCGCCGACGUCAAGCCCCCCCAGGAUGCGGAGACCCAGUUCGAGGUCCCGCCACUGAUAGCUCACCCUCGAGCUGCGGUGGUGUACAGGGACCAGGAGCUCACCAGCUAUGUGCUCCGCAUCCGGUUCUUCUUCGAAGAGACUCCCCGGCGAACUCUUGGGGAGAUGGUCAGUGACAUGUCCAGGGACCUCCUGGUCAUGGCCUUGAACCGACGGCUUUCCGCCUUGCAGUUGCGGCCAUCGGCGCCCUUCUUGUCUGCGUCGGCCGGGGAGGAUCACAUCACGCAGACGUGCAUCUGCCUGUCGAUCUCUGCGAAUGUUCUCAAGGGCAACCUGCUCAAGGCUGCGGAGGCUCUGGGAGAGGUGGCCGCCAGCCUGGCAAGACAUGGCCUGAGCGACCGGGAGAUGGAGUUGACGAAGAAGUUCCACGCAACUGCUCUGGAUUCCGUGUGGGCAGAGAGGCACCACGUCGACUCCGAGGAUGUUCUGGAGUGUGCCGAGGAGUUCAUCCUCUCGGGUGAGCAGACGCGCAUGUGCUCGGAUUUCAUGGACGUGCGCCUACAACGUGAGGCCAUGGCGCUUUUGGGCAGCGGGCCUCUGGCUGAUCCGCAACUCCAGAAGAUUGCUGCGAAGCUCUUUGACAUUGGCGCAGGCCGCUGGACAAUCGAGGCGGAGAUGGUGGACGAGGCGAGUCCGGAGACAUGCGCUCUCAGCCCCAGCCAGUUGCAAGAGGCCCUCGCAAGCUGCGAUCGCGCAGAUGUGCCGCCCUUCGCCUGGCUUCCUGGUGAGCUCCUGGAUUCCGACGCGGUGCAGGACCAGAUUGGCGAGCCCAACCCCGUCGUGCAGACGCUGCCCUUGGAGCACCUCUCUGCCCAGCAUUGGGUCACUGCCACAGGGUCCACGGUAACCUGGCUGCGCACCGAUUUCGAGCCGGACGAGAUCCUCUUCCAGGGGCUGGUUCCCUGCGGCCUCUCCGAGUUGGGUAGCCCUGCAUUGCGAACCGCUUGCAGCUGCAUGCACGCCCUGAGGGUCAUGGAUGGCCUGGGGAAGAUGACGAAGGCCCAGCUGCAAGAGUUCUUGGCCGACAAGAAUGCCACGGUUCUUCUGGGAGUGCAGAUGUACUCCCGCACCAUCAGCGGCCGCUGUGGGGCGUCGGCCAAAGACCUGGAGACGGCAUUACGGCUCUGCUCCCUCCAUUUCCUGCCCGCGAACUUCACGGAGUCGAGCUUCGAGAAGGUCUUGGAGGCGAUGUCGCAGCGCAUCGAGAACCGCGAGCGGGAGCCGGAGUACCACUUCGACAAGAAGCUCAAGGAAGUCACCUGCGGAAACGACAGCUUCUUCCACGAGACGACCCUGCAAGACGUCCAAGAUCUGCGGAAGAUGGGUCUCCAAGGAGCUGUGGAGAUGUACAACCAGCUCUUCUCGGACCCAAAGGUUUGGUCCUGGGUGAUCGUCGGAGCCAUCCCCCCCGACGAAGAGUUCCGAGACAUCCUUGGGCGCGGCCUCCAGCCCCCGGCGGCAAGCCACGAGGAAGAGAGGCGCUUGCCCAAAGCGCGCGUGCCGCAAUUCACCCCUGGGGGACCCCACUGCGUGUACUCCGGCCUUUCUGACACUGCCCGUGUCGCCGUUUGCUUCGAGGUCGAUGCCAGAUUGGUGUCAACGGCUCGGCAGCGCCUUUCACUUGCCUGGCUCGGCGAUAUCCUGGAGACGCGGCUCGUUGAGAAGAUGCGCAUGGAAACCGGCUCCACCUACAGUGUGUCUUGCUCCAUGACCACCGGAAGCACUGAAUUGGCUGUUGCUAACCGGAGGCCACUCUUGGGUAUCGACUUCGCCUGCGAGCCCACCGCCGCCCAGAAGCACGUCGACUGCAUGUUUCAAGAGAUCCGUCGGCUGACGAGUGGAAGCGCGCCCGUUACUUCAGAGGAACUGGAGACCUGCCGGAAGCAGGAGCGAGAGCGAUUGGCGGUUGAUGAGCGCGAGAACCGAUUUUGGCUUGGACGGCUGUGCACGGCCGUCCGCCGGGCCCGAUGCGGGACCAAGGCAGAAAGCUGGGGAUUCCCUGCGGAGGGGCCGCAGGCCGGCGGCGAGCUCGUGCCUCUGGAGGCUCUGAACGAAAUGUUGGCUCUGUCCGCUGGCUUCUCCGAUCGCAUCACUGCCGUAUCUGACACGGACGUGCAGCGCAUGGCCGAGCAAGUCAUGGAUGAGAAGUCGGCAGUGGUCAUGCUCCUCCCAGAGAAGCUCGGCGAGUCCAGUGCCAAACGCCGGCGCUGCUCCGAAUAA